AACACUCUCCAGCAACUUCUAUGCGUGCUUCGAUGCCUACCCAUGCCCUCUAGGCAUCUUUGCAACAUUUAUCUUCUUUCAGCAGUAAACACCAUGCCUUACAAAAAGGGGAGCAUUUGAAUGUUCCCGCUCAAUGAUCCCCAGUGAAACCUUCACUUGUCUCGAUGUGCCCAUGCCCUAUAGCAGUUUCAAAUUUAGGCUGAUGCCUACAGUUGAACACAUUUUUCAGACUGCCAAGUCAUUUUAGUCAUUCACUUUUAACAUUUGAUUGCUUUUAAUUCAAGCUGGUCUUGCUGUCUUCCAAGCUUUGGGGCAUUUACAGUUCUACUGCUUUGCCUCUCUUUAUGGCCGUUUUGCCUGUGUACGAUAUGAAACUGUGAGUUUACGUGACGAUGCCAGUUUUCAUUUGCUUUGCAUUAAGUUGCUCCAUACUUGUUGUUGAUCUGAGAUAUCCCUAACAUGCAAGGCUUCAAGCAAAUUCUUUUUAAAGUUGAAUGUUUGCAGAGGUUUUAAAAUCUGACACAAAUUGAAGGUUAUUUUUUCUUAUGUUUUAACUUAUGACAGUCUUCACUCAAUGUCAGGCCCCAGUUGCUUUGAUGCGAGUACCUUGCUAGCCAGUUUCAUUUGUUUUGCAAGAAGUUGCUUCAAACCUAUUUUGUCGAUCUGUACCAUUUCCCUCACUGGCAAGGCUGCGGCAAAUUCUUUUUAAUGUUUAAUGUUUGCAGUGGUUUUUAAAUCUGACAUGAAUUGAAGGUGUUUUUUUUCUCAUGUUUGAACUUUUGACACUCUCAUCUCAAUGGCAGGCUCCAGUCGCUCAGCUGCGAGUACCCUGCAGGAGGCAGCUGCUUCCUUCCUAUCAACAUUGAAAAGCAAAUUUAGAACUAGUGAAGGAGCAAUAGAUUUUGUCAUUAAAGAAGUUUCCAAUUUAACUGAUACAUAUCUUGAGUUUCUGAAGGAGGAGCUUACAGAGAAAUUGGAGUUGCAGGAUGGCCAUUUGAGUCUCAAGAAUAUAUCUGUGGUACUUGACUCUCUUCAAGGCCAGUCAUUCUUUGAAGGUGUCCACUCACAGCCGUACUUGGAUUCCUUCAUUGCUCACAGAAGCUGCGAUGACAAUCCAUUUGGACUGACCCAAUUGGUUUUUGAUUACAAAAUUGUCUUCAGAAGAGGCAUCCCUUACAAGGUGCCAAAGGACUGUGCAUAUUUUCCACCUUUUCUUCCACAGUUGGAGCAGCUACUUAACUGUAAGGAUGUUUUGCACUGCGUUGAUAAUCCAAAGCCAAGUAAAGACGGAGUGCUGAGAUCUGUGACAGACGGCAUCUUUUAUAAAUGCCAUUUUGUUGUCAGGCGGCAUGGAAAUGGAGUUUUGUCCAUCAUCAUCUACGUUGAUGAUGUUGAGUUUGCAGAUCCAUGCAAAUCUAAAACCAAGAAACAUAAGUUGCGCCUGUUUUAUUGGACCCUUGGAAACAUAUACCCAGAGCUCCGCUCCUCUCUGAAGUCAAUUAAUCUAUUGGCAAUUGCACGCUAUGAAGUUGCCAAGAAGUAUGGAAAUGAUGAAAUUCUGAAGUACUUUAUAAAUGAUUUGAAAGACUUGGCUGAUGGUGUAAUGCUGACUGUGAAUGGUGAACAGAGAAAGUUUUAUGGAAUUCUACAAUUUGUUUCUGCUGACAUGCCGGCUGCAGCUAAUUUGGCAGGCAUGAAAGAAUCUCACUUUGCUCUGCGUCCUUGUCGAGUUUGUAUGGUUACGCGGUAUGAACUAUGUGACCAUUUCGAAGAAGUUGAAGGACUACUCAGGAAAAUUGUUGACCAUGAAAAAUUUGUUGAAGAAGUUGAAGGCAAUGGUGUGAAGCAGAAUUCUGUCUCCUUGGUGAAACUGGACGUAAAUUUAGAAGCAGAAAGUGACUCUGAAUUUGUUGAUGUUGAAGUAUCAGAAGAGGAUGACCUGGUACAAGAUGAUAGUCCUAAGUAUACAGAUCAUUGUGACCCGUCUGUAAAUUAUGGCAUCAAUAGAAGAAGUGUUUUGUCUGGGGCACCAGGCUUUGAUGUCACUAAAUGCUUUCCGUUUGACAUAAUGCAUGCUAUUUUUGAAGGAACAGCUGAGUUGUUAUGUCGUCUCCUAUUAAAAGAGAUGUGCUUGAAGAAAAAAAAAACGAACGACCAACAGCAAAGUGAAAAGCCAAGCUCAGUUCAGCCCAAACGUAAGAGAAACCAGAAAGGCAAACUGCCAAGCUCUCCUCAGCGCAAAAGGAAGAGGAACAGUAAGAGUCAGCAAGAGACCGAGACAUCAGCAGAAAAACCCAAAGUAUCACUGAAGUUUGUCAACCAAACUAUUCAAGAGGCUUGUGAUUUUGGGCAUCUUCAUGUCAGCAAACCCUCUCCAAUCGAGAAAUCACAUCUAAAUAGCAAACUAAAGCAAAGUGCUUCUCAGAUGAUAGUGCUAGUUCAUAUUCUUCCAUUUCUUGCUGUUGGCAAUGUUUCUGAAGAAAAACUUGAUUUGCUGGGACAGAUGCUUAAAAUAAUUUCAUAUAUCAUGAAGUUUGAAACUACUGAACUGGACAUGGAUGAAUUUGAAGCUCAAAUAGUGACCUUUGGUGAGAACUUCAUCAGAAUUUAUCCUGAAUAUAAAACACUGAAACUGCAUUGCCUAAAACAUCUGAAAAUGCAAACUCUUCUUCAUGGGCCACUUCGCCAGCAAGCCUGUUUCCGCUUUGAAGCAAUGCAUAGGGAAUUCACCCGUCUUGUCGACAUUAUCAACAACAUGCUAAACAUUGAGUACUCCUUGAUCUGCAGAUAUUUGAGUGCCAGGAAUAAUGACAUUAUGAAUGGAAAGGAAGAUGGCUCAUUUCUUUAUUCUGGUGACACCAUUAGAAAAUCUCCACUUAAUGCACUUUCAUCCUUGGAUGAGAAAGAUGUUAUUCUUGAAGCAUUUCCUGAAGUGCAUCCUGAUGUUGGUGUUGCCACUGUGGAAUCUUUUGUUCAGCAUGGAAGGUGUUGGGCCAAAGAUGUCAUUGUAUCACUGAAAGGAGACACUGCAGAUGCUAGUUUUGGAAUCAUUGUUAAAAUCUUCAUCCUUAAUGAAGAAUUUGUGUUCCUGUACCAUGAAUUAAAAGUGACGUAUUUCUCAAAAUUUCAUGCUUUUGAAAUCCUAAGAAGAGAAAACGUUGUCAAGUGCAUCAAGCUGUCUCAUCUGAAGCUGCAGUUUCCUGUUGCAAGAUUUGAUAUCCAUUUUGGACCCAACAGAACAAAGUCAUUCCUUGUGUCUGGAAGCUCUGGUAACAUUGUUGCUUAGGCUAUCUUGUUGUCAAUUUCUUGCGCAGCCAGACCAGAUUUGCCUGCAACAUUUUUUGAAUUGUAUUUCAAUUUUUGAUGUCUACAACAUUAAGUGAGGUUUUUAUGGUUGCAAUUUUGGCAUUUGAGUAUUCAAGUUUUCUUGAGGGAAGAAGGAUUCAUACCCAGUCAUGCACAGGGUUCAUUCCAAGCGAGAAAUGAAACAUAUUCUGUAUUGGAAUUGUUGUAUGUGAUUCAGAUUUGUCUGAAUGCCGCUGAAUGCUCAUUAUGCUGCAGCUGUGUUGCAUUUUUUAAAAUAAAUUUUAUGUUGUCAUGUCAUUAACAUUUGAUAGGGAGCUGGAUAGCUGAUUUCGAACACCCAAUAUCCAGAGAGAAGAAGAGCCACACAAUCAAACGCUGUUGGGUUACUUGCUG